AGUGUCGUGUUAAAUACCAGAUGGAGUAUUGAAUGCAGCCGGGUUUUUUUUUAUUUUACUUCUUGAAUUCGAUGAAUUAUUUUUUAGAAAAUCAGGAUUAAAGAUUUAAAUAGUGUGUUAAUUUCAAUAACAGGAAGUGAUUCAAAAAAUGUAUGUAUUAUUGUAACUGGAAAAAAAGAGGGUCGCGCAGUAAUGUAAUAUUUAAUUAUUUACUUAUGCGUUAAAAAAGGAACACGUUCACUGAAAGACUUAAGACCAUGUAUAUGCGUUAUAUAAGUAACGUUUUAUAAAUGCCAGUGUCCGGUGCUAGCACCUCCGGUGGAGUUCGCAUAGGAACAUUAACAUCUAUGACAUCUAUGAGGUUCGCACGCUCCCUGUCAUACGAUUGGCUAAUGAAAAACCAAUAAGCAUUGUCUUGGAGUUGAAGAAACUUUUGAACUAUUAAAAUAGUCAACGGAAUGCUUGCAACUGUCAUAACCUUCUUAUGAAUGAAUCUGGAAGGCUGGCAGAAGUGUCAGAAGGGACUAGAUAUUUUACUUGAUACAGCGUUGAUAGCUGGGGUAAUAGCACAAACUUUCCGCAAACUGACAGCUAUUAAGUUUAAGUUGUUUUCUAUUGGAAGAGAUAUACGAACUUCAGUUUCAAUACUUCGUUUCCAGUUACCACUUACAGAAAAAUUAGAUUGCAUAAUAAGUCAACAAAUCUAAAAUAAAAAAAAUUGGCUGUUUUGAAUGGUGCAAUUGUGAAAAAGGGCGGAAAAGUUUGGUGUGCAUGAAAUGUGGAAUUUGAAUGCGCCAAAUAACAAUACAAUGGGACUGUUUGCAGAAAUAAAUAAAGAAGGGAGUCAUCAUCACUGGCAAAACAAUUCAGUUGGGAUGCCGUCUGCACAACGUGAACUUUGCGCCGGAUGUUGCCGCCAUAUUGAAGAUAGGUAUCUGAUGAGAGUUGUGGAUCUAAGUUGGCACGAACAUUGUCUCCAGUGUUGUGUAUGUCAAAUGCCGCUCACAGGGUCAUGUUUUGUCAGGGACCGGAAGUUGUAUUGCAGACUAGAUUAUGACAAAAUAUACCGUGCAAAAUGUAGUGCUUGUCUUCAACACAUUAUACCUCCAAACCAGCUAGUCAUGCGGGCACUGGAUCACGUGUAUCACAUGCACUGCUUCGCGUGCGUGGCGUGUGGACACCCUCUUCAGAAAGGAGACGAAUUUGUAGUCAAACAUGGCCAGUUGUUUUGUAGAAUGGACUUCGAGAAAGAAAUGGCUCUAAUGCCUUAUAGCCCAAAAAGUGAUGAUAGUGACAGUUACGAUGACGACAGCGAUUCUGGCAAACCGCCAAAGCGUCCGCGAACAAUUUUGACCACAAGUCAGCGCCGGAAGUUCAAAGGUGCGUUCGAAAUGAACCCUAAACCUUGUAGAAAAGUUCGAGAGUCCCUUGCGGCAGAAACUGGUCUCAGCGUUCGGGUUGUGCAAGUGUGGUUCCAGAAUCAAAGAGCAAAGGUGAAAAAGAUUGCUCGGCGGCAGAACCAAGAUGGCGGAAAAGGCAAGAAAGACGGUGACGGCACAGAAAAGUCCAAGUUGAAAUCACCCGGGGAGAAAAAAGACGAUGACAGUGAAUCGGACAGCAGUUUUAUAGGUCACUCGGAAAAUAAUGGGUUAUCACAAAAGCAAGAAAGUCGAAUGUUUGGCGAACAGAUGAACAACUUUGACACUGAUCACUCAGAUUCGGCCUACUCUAGUACAAACACCAUCUCUAACAACGUGUACAGCAACGGGUCCAUGAACAUGGAUGAAAAAAUGGAAUCUUUGGACCAGAUUUUAAGCUCGGACGGUCGGACAAACGGCAUGUCGGCGUCAAAUCCAUUGAUAAAUCCCAUUGAUAAACUUUACUCCAUGCAAAGUUCAUAUUUCAACGCAGAAUAAAGUGAUGUUUUGGAGGAGACUGGAUCUUUUAAACUAUAAUUCAUAGCUGGAUUAUCCUACUUUGAAGUAGACUUUUGCGGUAGAUGAAAAAUGAAACAAAAGAGGAACAUUCGGUCAUUUUAAGGCUGAUUUUAGAAUUUUGAAGUAAUGAAUGAGAUAGGCAAUGGUGAGGCUCGUAUUUAAGAAGCAGAGGAAUAAUUUUGGAUUCGAGGGAACUGUUUCUGUUUCAGAACAUAGUGAAGUCUGGUUGUAAAGUCUUUGAUUAUGUUUGACUUCUGUAUAUGACACAUAGAUACUAGUGACAUAUGUGAAGUGCACGUGACCCCUCGUGGCUUUGGAUACAAUUAAGUGACAUAUUUAAAGUUGAAAGUGCUGUGGCUACGAGCCACAUUUUCUUUGUAGGUUGACAGCAAAGUUUUGGCUUUUGUCUUACUAGAGAAAAUGACUUGAUAUAUAGUUAGAUGGUUUGAUGACGCCAUAUUGCAACAAUUAAUGACGUCAAAUAUAUGUGUAAUGACGUAGCUUUGGUCUUUGAGACUACAUACAUGUGCGAAGAAGUAUGACUUUAAGGAAUUUGGUUAAGCCUUUAAGUUAUCUCCGACUGUAGGAUGAUUGCAAACGAGAAAAACAUUUUACCUGUGAACUCAUUUGUCUUGGCUUUAAGAAACUUAGCCCGACAGAAGUUAAAAAAAGGAUUUUGUGAAUGUAAUGGCAGGUUACUAGAUAGAAUACGAAAUGAAAAAAAAUAAUAUUAAUCCUCUAGACUACCUAGGUUAAUACACGUACGAUAUUUUGUAACAUUAACAUUUGAGUAGUAAACUUGUAUAGUGUUUAAUAAGCAAGAAUUUUGAUUAAGCAAGAAUUUAGUUUUUGUAAGGGUAGGUAACUCUUGAGGAGACAGUUGCAUGAAUUAUCUUUCUUUGCUGUUGUUGUCCUUAUAACUAUGACAUUUACCUUGUUCUUAUUAAUUUAAUUACUCUUUUCACACACAACCUGCUGAAUUUCUUAUAAUGGACUCGUCAAGCUACCAUUUUAGGAACUGUCCAUUAUUAAUUUUGGGGAAAUACAAAACUUCAAUCAACAGUAUAGAGCCUGGCUCCAGGCUUGCCUGACUCUGUACUAGUGGCAAAUGUUAAUCACUUCCGGUUCCAGUAGGGUAAGGGUUAUAAAUUUACGGUUUGACUGUAUUGAUCAUAUUCUUUGAAAUCAGGACCUAGGCUAUGAUUUGUAUGAAUACCUUCACACAUUUACAAUAUUUUAAAUAAAUUUGUCAAAAAAUAAAGCAUUUGUUAAGUCAACAAAACUAAUUCAGCUAACGCAUCACAGAUAUCCAUUUUUUG